CUCGACCUUCAAGACUAGGCAAAUAGACCAAUCAAAAGCUCACCAUAUUGCGGGCGAAAACAAAUUUCACAACAUACAAUGGGCGACUUUAAGAAAGGUGACAUUGUGACGUUUGUUGAUCAGGGUUCGCAGUCAUUCGGAGAAAUAUUGCUAGUGAGAAAUGAUGACUGUGACGUGAAAGUACUAAUUGAUAAAGAGGAAAAAGUUAUGCGAGUCCCUCGUUCGCGGAUGCAGAAGAGUGCCAAGAUUUUAGCUGAGGAUAUGGACAACAUGGUGAACUUGCCGAAUAUGUCGGCGAUUUCUAUGUUAGAAACGCUUAAACUACGUUACUCGCAGUCAAAAAUUUAUACAUAUAUCGGAAAUAUAGUUGUUUCUGUAAAUCCAUAUAAAGAUCUAUUAAUUGAUGGACCAGAAGUAAUGGUGAAGUAUUUUAACCGAAUGCUUACAAGUGUUCCAGCGCAUUUAUACGGACUUGCAGAAACGUUAUAUCAAACUGCCUUAAGAAAUGAAUGCGAUCAAAUUGUUGUCAUAAGUGGUGAAUCUGGCUCAGGAAAAACCGAGGCGUUUAAAAGAAUCACGCAGUAUCUUGCAUGUACUAGUGAGCAAGGUAAAAACAGUCUGAGUUCAGUGGCUAGACGAGUUUUGGAAAGUACUCCAGUUCUUGAAAGUUUUGGAAACGCUACAACUGUACGAAAUGAUAAUUCUUCAAGAUUUGGCAAGCUGGUGGAAAUAUUCUUUGCAAAGUCAAUAAUUAUUGGAGCGAAAAUCACUAACUUCUUACUUGAGAAAUCUAGAAUAGUGGGACAGUCUGAAAAAGAACGUAACUACCAUGUGUUCUAUGAACUAUUAAGUUCACUUGAUAAUGAGAGUAAGGCAAAACAUCAUCUUAAAAAUGUUGAAGAUUAUCAAUAUUUAAUGAAAGAUUCAAGGCGUGCAUUUAGUACACAUUCUGAUCCUGACGGUUUAUCAAUGUUACUUGAAAGUUGGCAAACAUUAGGACUUCCACAAGAUGAAAUGGAUUUAUGUCUUCGUGUAGUAUCUGCUGUAUUGCAUCUUGGAAAUAUAACUUUUAAAAGUGAUAAUGAUAAGGAUAACACAUUUAUUACUAAUCCAUUCGUUGCUGAAAUUGCAGCUUCAGAGCUUGGUGUAGAUGUGACUGAAUUAGCUAAAGUGAUAACAAUGAAGUUAACAGAAACAUCUAUUGACAAACUUUGGAGUCCGGUUAAUGUUGCUGGUGCAAUUGUAAAUCGUGAUUCUAUUGCGAAAAGUUUAUAUGCAGAAUUUUUUGAUAGAUUAGUGGAGAAAAUCAAUAUGAAAAAUGCGCCACCGGAUUACAUGGAUCCAGACACAAAAUCAUCAUUACGUGCGAUCGCUUUAUUGGAUAUUUAUGGUUUUGAAAAUCUCCCAACUAAUUCAUUAGAACAGUUUUGUAUCAAUUACACAAAUGAAAAUUUACAACAAUUCUUCAAUCAUUACAUAUUUGAAUUGGAACAAGAAGAAUAUCGAGCAGAAAAUAUUAGUUGGCAAUAUGUUCAGUUCCCGGAUAACCAACCCAUUAUUGAUUUAAUAGCUGGCAAACCAAAUGGAAUAAUGCAUUUAUGCAAUGAUGAAGCCAGUUUAGUCACAGGGACAGAUAAGUCGUUUCUACGACAAUGUCAAUAUCAUCAUAAGAAUCAUUCAAAUUUUAAAAUGAAUAAGAUACAAGGAAAUAAUUCGUUUACUAUUGUACAUUUCGCUGGUGAAAUUGUUUAUAGUGUAAAUGGAUUUGUUGAUAAAAAUCGUGAGAAAAUUCGUGGUGAACUGCUUGCUUUAUUAACUAAAAGUAAAAAUUCUGCAGUAGCAACUAUGUUUCGUAAUGUUCAAGCUCAACGUACUGGUGUCACUGGUACCGGUCCAAAAUUGAAAACUUCUUUAGUUUUAACAACAAUGAAUAAUUCACUGCAACAGUUAAUGGAGAAAAUGCGAAUGAAUAAGCCAAGUUUUGUACGUUGUAUUAAACCAAAUAUGAAAAAAGAGCCAAUGGUAUUUGAUGAUGCUAUUGUUAUGGAUCAAUUACGUUACGGGGGUUUACUAGAAACUGUCAGAAUAAGAAAGUCUGGUUUCCCUGUUCGCAUCAGUUAUGAAUAUUUUAUCGAGCGUUAUUCAUUUUUACUUAAUUAUGAAAAACGUAAACAACUAAAGAAUAUAGUAGAUAUUCGUGAAUCAACAGCUUGGAUAUUAAUGAAUAUCAAUAUUCCUUUUGGUAAUCGAACACCCAUACAAAAAUGUGUUGAUUAUGAGUUUGGUAAAACUAAAUUAUUUCUACGAAAUCAAUUAGCUGUGAAUUUGGAAUCACUUCGUACAAUUAAAGAGUUAUGUGCUGCUAGAACUAUUCAACGCGCAUGGAGACGACGUGAUAAUGGAUUGAUUGAAAGAGCACAUCGUAAUGCAGCUAGAGUUAUUCAAGCAUGGUAUAGAGGAUGUAUGACAAGACGUCAACACGCUGAUAUCGUUCAUUAUUUAGCAAAUAGAAGCAAGGAACAACAAAUCGGUGCACUGAAGGAAGAUCAUUCGGAAAUUGAAAAACCUGUUGAAUCCUUAAGUGAAUCUGAAAUAGAAUGUUUAGAAGUCCCAAGUGAUUUGGCUUAUAUCCUACAACAUCGUAAAAUAUCACAAGAAUGUUGGCUUCGUAAUCAUAAGGUAAUUAAACCUUCCGGGAGUAUACGUCGUUUUGCACCGAACUAUGUUUCAACUUCUUGGCAGAAAUAUGGUAGACCGUUAUGGCAUGCUGCACCUAUUUCACACUUGUUACAAACAUCUACUUCAACGUUGCAGCUUGGCUAUCGUGUUGCACCACGUGAAAGACCAAUAUUCUUGACUCGACCAACUGAGAAAUUGGCUGCAGCUUGUGUAGCUGCUUCAAAACUUAUUCUAAGGCUACUAUUUUUGCCUGAGAUUUCACUGUAUGAACAAUUUCUAGUUGGAAGUUUUUUAUAUCAACUGGCUCUUUGUCAGAAAUCUCUUCAUAAAGAAUAUCUUAUUCAAUUAUUAAGUAUGACUGUAAAUUGGCCUAACGCAACAGAAGAUUUCUCUACUUCGGAUCCAGAAGAUGAACCGAGUGAGUUUGAUCCCGAAACUAAACGAGCUGCUUACAUUCCAUCAAGACCUAAUGGUCCAUUGAUUGUUAAAUCUCAAACUAGACAAUCUGGCACACAACGUCGAGCUUAUAGACGUCUUUGGAUGCAUAUUGCAGGAAUGCUUACAUGUGGUCAAUUGUCGCAAACACUAACACCCACUAUAGUCCGUUUUAUUAGAGAAAACGCACCUACCAGAUCAUCUGAACUGUGUGAAGAUCGUGUUGUACUAGAACCUUCUGUACGUCGUCUAUACCCACCUUCUCUUUUAGAAUGGCGGAUCAAUUAUACUGGAACUCAUAUGGGCAUUAAACUUACGUUCCCAGAUGGUAUAUUGUCAAUUUUUCAUGUUGGUAGUUUUACACGUGCUGAAACACUAGCUGGUAUGGCUUUAGCAUUAAGAACAUAUUCAACACAUAUUCUUCAGGGCUGGACAAUAACUGUACAUCAGUCAUCAAAAAUAUUAGAUGUACCAGGUUAUUUUUAUGUAUUGGAUAUAUUUAGUCAGCAAGAACUUCCGGAAGAAUGGUCACAUUUAAAUAAUAUUCUUUUCCACCAAGUAUUACCAUGUUAUGAUGCUAAAUCAAAAACAGCGGAAUAUAAUAAUGUUUGCCAUUCCCAUUAUGCUAGAAACGGAGUAACAGAAGUUAUUGACGGCUCACCACCACCUAUUUCGAACAAAUCUAGAAAUUAUAAUCAUCGAAAAUUGGCUAAUUCAAUACAUGGCAUAGAAAAUUCCGUGAAUUCAUACAGUCGUUAUACAAAAGCAUCGAAUAUAGAUUCUUUAAAUCAACACCGUCGUCCUAGUUCUCAAGCUGAUUGGUUUAAAGCAGUACGGUUAAUGGCUUCAAAACGAUUCAGUGGAAGUAGCAGGUCACUAUCAUCAAUUAGAAGGAAAAAUAUUAAAAAUCAGAAAAUGUUUAAUCCAUUACAUUCACCUAGUGUUGGUUUCCCACGAUCCAAAUCGCCAGGUGAUAUUCUUCAAGAUAGUCGACUAACAAGAGCGUCUCCAACUGGUUAUCCUUGCAAAAGAAGUUCAAAUGCACUUCCUCAUGAUAUGCGAUAUUAUAUUUAUGAUCUUGCACCUUGGACUGUGCAACUUAGAAAAGAAUUUAUUACUCCACGUGAACGUAUAAGAACAAAUUUGAUAUUGAAUUUAAUUUUUCAUCAAAUCAUAUCUGAUAUCCAUGAUGAAAGAAAUCUACGUCUUAAUACAGAUGAUCGUAGUGAAUUGUUAUCAGUUAUCGGCAAACAUAGAAAGCUUGAUUCCAUUGAAUCUGUUCAUGAAAUACCAAUGGAAGUGAAAAAGAAGACUUUAUUGACUUCUUUGAAUUUGCCUAUUUAUUUUGGACGAUUUUAUCCAGUUCACUCGCUUGAUAUGAAUGCUUCUCCAGAUCUUAGUCAGUGGUUAGUAGUAAGUCACCAUGGUAUCAGAUUGGUUUUGCAACCAAAAGAUUGUACAGAGGUCAAUAUAAAAAUUAUCUCAAAGCUUGGUGACAUAAAAAAAGUAACUUCUUCUCGAACAUCCAACAGACCACGGUGGCGAUGUGGAGAUCAAACAUCAAUCAAGGAUUCCCAAGGUACUGAUUACGGAAAACCUUCAGAUUAUCUUAAACCACCAUUAAGUCGAUCAGUCAGUACAGUAACCUACAAUCUUUUGACUCUAAAUCACGCUACUGGAAUAAGUCAGUUUUAUACAGAAAUGGCAGAAAAGAUCUGUGAACUUAUUGAACUAUUCUUAAGAGAAUAUAAAGAAGAGAUGAAACGUCUUCAAGAUGCGAAACAAUCAGCUUUCAGAGGUCGUUUCAACCUAUCAACUCCUGACAUUCCAAGUACUCCAGAAGUUACAUAUCGGCUAGUAUGCAGUCCUGCUUUACUUUCAAAUGAUUUGUCCGAACCCUCAUUAAAUUCAGAGCAGCAAUUUAUUAAAAAAAAUAUUACAAGUCUUGAUGCAAAACCUCCGAUAAUUCCAAGAAGACGUAAUCAUGUUUCGUAUAAGUUUGAUAAUUCUACGAAUAAUAAUUCACUAGUUGACAGUUCUGAUUCAUUAUCUUCGGAUUCAGAAUUACAUUCACCAAAUCCAAUCAGUCGAUCAGCAACACCAACUGUAGUCAAACAUACACGAUCAUCAAGUGAACAUAAUCUCAUUAGUGGUGUGAACAACUUAGGAUCUGGUGAAGAUACUCCAGUUGGUUGGAAUCCACCAUUUAGACGAAAUUUGUUUGGUGAUUUGCAAGGACAACAGUUUAAUGAACAUCCUCUUUUGCCAUUUGCACGUCAAAAUUUUUUAAAUAAAAAUGACGUAAUCCAACAACUUAGUUGGGAGCCUCAACCACCUGAAUCUGGAUCUCUGUUAAAACAUCCAGAUAGUGUGGAUACGGAAGUGUCAAGCAAUAUAUUUACACUUAUUCAAUGUUUUGCCAAAGAAGUUCCAUCGAAAUACCCACAGAGUGUGAUUAUUAAAUUAUUAAUUGAAAUGCUGAACGAACGACCAUGGCUUUCUGAUGAGUUGUACUGUCAACUUGCUAAACAAACAUAUUCAUAUAAUAAUAGGAGUAAUCAGAAUAAUUUUAAACUUGUGUGGUUAUUAUGGAAGUUGUUAACAAUUUUUGUUCCAACAUCAGAUGCACUUAGGCCAUAUUUAAUUAAAUAUAUUGGAUUUCGACAAGAUAUUCAACACCAAAAAUUACAAGCUUGCUUAGAUACAAUUAUUCAGAACAUGGAAAUCGUUUCCCGUUAUGGCCCUAGAAAACACUUACCACCUGAUAAUGCUUUAGAGUCCUUUAUAGACGGUCACAUGAUCCAUAGACAAGAAAUUUAUUUUGUUAAUAAUAAUAGUACAAGUAUACCACUCGUACAAUUAUGUCUUGUUCAAGACGUCAUUCAUAAUGUAAUCAAUAAACUCAGUGCAAGUCUCCUUAGUUCAGCGACUGAUUUCGCAUUAUUUCUUUGUCGUAAAAAUGGAUCGAUCAACACUUGUAGUAAUGAACCGCUGAUACCUUUACCACUGGAUACAUACAUAUUCGACUCUCCAAUAUACCAUAACGAUUUGAUUAUUCAUUUUCGAAGGAUAUGUUGGACUGUCCCACUGGAAUUGCAAAAGCUUCCUCGCGCUUAUUUGGAUUUUUUAUUUGAUCAAGUCGUCGAUGAAUACCUUUCGGGACACUGGUUACCGGAUAAACUCACCUAUGAUGCGAACGAAUUAUAUAAUAAAUGCCUUCAUCUCUCUUGCGUGUUACAUAAAAGUCAUGAAUCGUCUGUUUCUAUCAGCAGUACAGCUGCUGCUUCACUUAAACCAAAGAAUCUACAUAUUUCAAUAGAAAAAUGGACAUCAGAAUUAAAUGGAUUACUUAAGUCAACACAAACAAAAGAUUCUGAAGAUAGUCAGAAAAUUUUUCUAUCUUCAAUCAGAAAUUGGCCUCUUUUUGGAUCAUCAUGUUUUCUUGGUUUGAUUGAAAACGGUUCUUAUGGAAUCCCAACUAGUCGUGAGAUAUUAGUUGCUCUAUCUCAUACAGGAAUUCAUAUACUAGAUUCCUCAACUCAUCAGUGCCAUUUGGUUUUUGCUUACGAAAAUAUUGCAAGUACAAGGGUAAAAAUGUUUUUAAUCUCUAAUUAUCAUUUAUUUGUGUUAUUUUUUUCGUCAUUUUGUGAAAAGUUUUAAUAAUUUAAUUGAUUAGUUUCAUCAUAGCCAUUGAAAACUAAGGAGCAUUAGAGAGCUGCUAAGUCUCAUUUCAAAAUUUCUCUACAAUAAAUCACACACAUAAGAAUGAACCCUAUAGUAAUGGUAAUAAUAAUAGCUUCAUUUGAAACUAUUAACUCCGUUACAAUACAUGAUUCAUCCAUUGUACGAUGUUACAACAAAUAUAUUGUUCAUCUAGGGUCGACAAACAUGUUUUAUGUUUCAUACUUGUAAUAAUUAGUAUCGGCCGAAUUCAUUCCCUAAAGUUUUCCACCAGUUCAGCUAUCUGAAGUAUUUCUCCAUCCAAUAUAUUUGUCUCUCGUUUCUUCAAUUGAUAGAUAAAAACUAAAAUAUCCCAAAAACUACCGAAUUUCUGUUUAUAUUUUUCAGUCUUUAUAAUUACUCAGUUCAAGCAAAUCUAAAACAGGUAGGUUAAUUGCAAUAGUUGUAUAGUUAGAAAAAAAGUGACCCAAACAUUUGAGGAGAUCACUGUGUUCUCAGAUCCCUCAGUUAGUACCAUGUAAUUUGACCACUAACUUGCAAUCCAAUUGAUCAAAUUAUAGACCUAGCCUCAUCUAAUAGCAACACUAAGUUGCCGCAUUACUCCUGACUUGUUUGACUACUCAAGUCAUAGUGUUUGAUCGUAACUUCAAAAGACCUACCUCAAAUCUAUCCUUCCAUCGAGUGUUAAAUCACGACAGUACAAACGUAGAACUUUGGACAGAAUUUUCUAAAAUGUGUUGUUUUCUAUUUUAAACCUUGGUAAAAUCCAUGUUUCUGUUAACAUAUUAGUUUCCAGUGGUUUAUGACCAUUCCCGUCAUUUAUGUAAAUUUUUAAAUAUUCUGCAUUACGAUUUCUUUUAAAACGCUGCCACAGUCUAAUUACGUGUCUCAAUUAAAGUCAAAUGAUUUUAUUUUCUCGUUUUCAAUCCUCAACUUUUGAAUAUCACCUAUAAAUAAGAAUAGAUUUGAGGGAAAACGAAAUUGUUUUCCUAAUAAAAUUCAGCUUAUCUCACCGAUCAAAAUGAAAAUUAGUUUAAUUAGUUCCGAAUAUUUCUCAUCAAAACUUUUUAAUAUGCUUUAUGUGAAUUAAGACGAAAGAACUAUUAUGAACAAACUAACUGCUUAACUAUCAUUUAAUAACCUAUUUAUAGCCUAACUGAACCAAUGUUAAACCCAAAUUGAGCAUUUUGCUAUUGUGUGACCACCACACUUUGAAACAACAUAAACACAGUGAUAAAUAAAUAAAAGCCUUCUAAUAAUCAAAUAAAUUAGAUGAGUAUAAAUGGAUAUCGAAUCUGGAAAUAUGAAACAAUCAUGUUUACUUAAUUCAAGGGGUGAUAAAACUCGUUUUAUCCAGCAAUCACAUCUGAUUUUCAGUCAGGAGGUUACGAAAACGAAUCAUCUUUCCAAAAGUAAAAUAUGAUUUCGGUUAUCAUUAAAAAGUGUACGCAAAAUGUAAGAAAAGCGAAUUUCUCUUCUUCACUAUGGCUUUUGUCACUUUUCUAACCUUUGGAUUUACCCACUCAUCCACCUGUGUAAGUCAGAAUAUGGUAAUUCGUUCGUCAAACAGGCCUAUGAUGUCUUAUGGAUUUCAGUCAAAAAUCUUACGAAACUCAAAUGAUUUAUGAGUUCUGUCAGUUACCCCUUGAGUUUGUGCCGUCACUUUAUCUAUUAAUUGUAAGUGUUAUGCCUGACUAACUGCUUUUGGAACUAAUAGCUUAUGCCACACUAGGAAUUGUCUGAUUAUUUGUUAAGUAAGAACCAUCCAAACUAGCUAUUACAUCUUUAUGGCUGUAUUAUUAUGUCCAUCAAUCUUUUUUAAAUAUGUUAAUUUGAUUUCGAAAUUUACUACUUGUUUUACCCGAAGAAUAAAUGAAUGGUAAAUGCUGAAAUUAUUCAUGGACUGUUAUUACAUAUAUUCUUAAUGAAUAAUUAAUAAGUAUCUAGAUCAUGUAUAUUUAUAUUCCUUCUAUCAUAAGUUUUCAUUUCACCCACUAACUACUGUUAUACAGUUUACUGUUCUUGAUUUAUUCUCAGUCUGUUAGUUACACUCUGCAAUAAUCACAGCUACAUUUGGCUUGAUCUUGUGUAAUUAUUACUUUUCAUUAUUACUUUCCGUCUGGUCUUACUUUACCUAAUUACUUCCUUACUUAGCGUUUUUGUCUAUCAAAGUUGUUUUCUACGGGAUGGAGUUGCCGACCCCACUCCCAACCCUCUACCUUUACCCGGGCUCGGAACCGGCAGUAGCCCUAGAAGAACUACAGGCGGAUUUGCCAUCUGGUUUGUUUGUACGUAAACCGCGUACGCCUGAAAUAUAUGAUUCAUAUAGCAGAGGCUGAUAUUCAUGUUCUGGACUGAACGGGUUGGGCUAGAUGAUGAGCUACUAAACUGAGGACAAAUGUGGAUUGAGAGUUGACUCAAAACUAUUAGUGCUUGCCGGAUUGUCACUGGUUUAACACAGGUAAAAGGUCACAGAAGUAUAUAUUCUGAUUAAGGACUUUUUCACGUGAUAUUUGACGCACCAUAGGACAUAACGCUACUCAUUAAUACCACUUAUUUCAUUUACGGAGUACAACUUUAAGCACUCAACAUUGAACAACAAUGUUUUUGAUAUGGCUAGCGACACCACGCAACUGCCGAGACCAAAGUGGGUACAUUGGAGUUCAAAUCUGUUACCUAGUUUUUGAAAUCCAAAUAUUUCAAUCACUAAGCCACCGGCCCACAUUUCUUACUUGCAUUAAAACCUAUGAUAAAAUACUUGUAGUCAAAUCACUUUGUCAACUUUAAACGACUGUAUCUCGCAACAGUUCAGAUCAAAUUGCAUAUAUUUGUUUUAUGUGUCUAUUAGAUUUCUAUUUUAUAUGCCUGAACAAAGGUAGAGUACAUCACCUGUAUUCAUUUUUUUCCAAGGUUACAUAUAAAGAUAAUAAUGACUACAACUGUAUUGGUUCUGUGCGUCUUACAGCUAAUAACGGUCAACAGUUGAUCUUGUCUUUGAUGCAAGCUAGAAUGUUCGUCUUCAUUUUAAGUAGAUACCAGUAUAUAUUGUCAGCAAAUCUGUUAGCUUCUGCUUGAAUUAUGUUAGAAGCUAGACAUCUCAUCAAUAUCAUACAAUUCUUAGAUAUAAUUGUAAAGAUAUGAAGCAAAAAUUCCUUCAUAUCCCAACAAAGACAUUUAUUUUGUAUUUACUUUGAAGAGAAAGGAGAGAAUCUGUGACAUCUUUGAUACAAUUAUCUUCAUUGUGGGAAAAUGUGUUCAUUUAUUGCAUAGCUCAAACUUCAUUUAAUUUGUCAACAAUCAUAUGUAACUCCAAUUAUUUUUAAAAUGACAAACAAAAAUAAUUAUAAUCAACAACUAACUAAUUCUUUCCUCGAAACUCUUUAGAUUUAAUUUUAUCAGUCAAAACAUUAUAUGAAGAUUAUAAUAAUUUGAUAUUAUUGAUUAUGUUUAUAGUGAGUGGUGUUUUUGAAUAAUUUUUUUCUCCACAAUAGGUCAACUUUUAACGAGUAUUCGGGAAUGCAUGCCUAUGAGGUAUGUAAUUCUCAGUAAUUGAAAACAUCUGUUCUUCACUUCCUUAAAUUUUGUCAGGCAAUAAAUUCUACAACUUUUUUUAAUCAUGAAGCAGUUAUUUAGUUGCUCCAGUUCGUUCCUAAACCUUUGGUCACCAGCAUGUAGGUCUACGCUGUUGAAUUCCAGAAUAUUAAUAGUCAUUUAUCAGACAAGAUGAAUGCCACCCACUCUUCUAACUUGUAUGAUUUCAUUGGUUAUGUCAUAAAUAUGAAUAUACUCAGUCAACAUUCCAAACAUACUUAUUCGUUAUCGGAUGAUCGGACAGUUUUCUGACUACUGUGUGAGACUAAACCAACUAAAUGGCAAUAAGGCCUUGAUCGUUAAUAGAUUUUAACGAAUAGAGAUGAGUUGUAAGAUAUUAGACUGUCGUUUUAGGGAGCAUUUUGACGAUUGGUGAGGGGAUUGUUACUAAAAGAGAAACAAAGCAAAGUAAUCACAAAUGUCUCGAAAAUAUUUUCCUUACACAGUGCUUUUCCACAUUUCCAAGUGGAAUGUUACCUAGAGAAGGGAAAUGUUUAGUAAAGAUAGCAGUCUCUAUAAUCUGAGAACUCACCAGUUGAGACCGACAUAAAGAAACGAAUUUCAGUUGGAAAUGCUAAUAGACGGAAAUAAAGCAAUCGAAGGAUUCUAAAAAUAAUGGUUCGGUUCAUAUUCUCGUAAAAGUGGUCUGAAGAAUAAUCAAUUUCUAAUAGCAGUUCUGGAAUCCUUCAGAAACAAAAACAUCUGGUGCAUUGCUCCUAAUCCAAUUUCACGUAUGACCCUCCCCAUCUUCUGGUUAGUUGCUAUUGCUUCUCGCUAAAUUCCUGUAUGCUUGAGGGUUAUAUUUUGUCAAUACAGAUACAUAUUUGCACCAAUUCAUUCUGAACUGUUUAUCCUACCUUCAGUGUCUAGUUCCAUACAUUUCGUCCUCUCCCUGUGUUAGUCGUCUGUUGUUGAUAUGCUGUGCAAAUCACCGUUGUCGAUUUUGAGAACUGAAUAAAUAUAAAUAGUUCAGUCGUUUGUACCUCUAUCUGCAAGUAUUGUAGGCCCAUAUUAACCAAAUAGUAACCAAAUACUUGACACUUGAAACUUUGUUACUAAAUGACUGAUUUAGUAUAAACUCUGCAGUCGCCCACCGUCAGCGCUUCAUUGUCUAUCCGCCUGCUUGCCCAAACUUAUGGCGAGAUAUAGUUAUGAAAGUUUUAUUUUCUGAACAUCAAAUUAAAAGAACAAUCAGAACACUGAACUCAGGUAUUUUUAGUAUAGGUAUAAAGCCUUGAUUUGAUGACGAUGAACCAGUAAAUAAUGUAUGUUGGUUAGUAGAUGAAGUACAUAUCAAGGUGAAAUGGGUCUGAAUAAUGGAGGUUAGGCUGAUAUUGAAAGGUGGGAGUUCGUUCCCUAAAACCCACAGUCUAACAAAAGAACAUGGAGUAUUUAGAAACGCUAAUAACUUGAUCAGGCUUACUACCAAUCAUUUUAUCUUGAUUAUUUAAUUUUCCAUCAAAUAUGUACGCUUUAACCAUAGAAGAGCCUGAAAUAACAUUUAGUUUAUUAUCUUAGUUUAUGUAAGAAGUGGCAAGCAUAGAAGAGCAACCUAAAUACCAUUGGACAAUAUCUAAAUAGGGUUAGUGCAUCUAAGAGCUGAGUGUACUUAUAAUACAAUCCAUCUGACAUGCGUAUUUCUAAGAACAUGUUAUUCUCUGUGAGUACAUAGGUCCGGACUAUAGAUACUUCAUUAUAAAGGGAUUACAUAUAUACAUAAAGUAAGAGUCAU